UCCUUCACCUGAGAGAGCAUCAUGAUUAAGGUGUCCGCGUCGUACCUGCUACCCCUUCUACUGGCUGGAGUGGUCGUGUCCCUCCCCCAGUAUAGCUACCAGCCCCCCGCCACCCCCACCGGCCUCUACACCACCCCCACGCAGGCCCCCGUCCGCCGCCCCCUUCCACCACCACCGCCCCCCACCUCCCUCUACACCGCCCCCCAGGCCACCCAGCUUCGUCCUCAGGCUAGGCCAUCUCCCGGCCCGGCCAUGGAGGGUAUGCCGUACGACUUCCAGUACGGCGUGCAAGACCCUGAGAGCGGGAACGCCUUCAGUCACGUAGAGAACAGCGACGGACGGACGACCCAGGGGGAGUACCGCGUCCUCCUCCCCGACGGUCGUACCCAGGUGGUGACCUUCUACGACAACGGCGGGGGCUUCAACGCCGAUGUCACGUACGUCUAGAGUGACCCUUCGUGACCUCUGCCCAAAUCACGUGCCCCACCUUGACCUCCCGCCCCACCGCCAACUAGUUCCUAUUCUUCCUGCGCCUCUUCCGUCCAUCCUACGUUUAUUUUAUUCGUGGAUUUUCUUACCUGGAUCAAUCACACCUGUUCACCCCCCCCCGGAAUGCCCCCCACCUACCCCCCUCCCUCCGAUCUCUCCCAAAUGCAUCACCCCUCCCCUUCCCCCUCCAUCUGAUUCCUCUUCACCCCUUUCUCUUCGCCCCUCCCCUCGCCCCUUCCUCGCCCCGUUACGGUGACUCGGUGUUGAAGGCUGAAGAAGAACUACAAGAAGGGAGGGAAAGUGUCUCCUCCCCCUCCCCCCCUUCCACCCUCCCUUUGUACCCCUCCUUCCCCUCCGCCCUGGAUUCUCAGUUUCGCCGCCUCUUUUUCUUCGUUUUAAGUUAGAUGGAAGUGAAUUAUAAGUGUCAAUAAAAAACAGCAUGAAUGUCGAGGUUGUCUUUGUCCAUGAGUGUGUUUGUGUGGGUCACGAAUGAGGCUACUUUCACUCGGGGCCACUUAGCAGCGUUGCAGACGGAUUUGAGUGGUUGCCUCCGCCGCCUGUAGCGACCACAAAAAGUAGCUGCUUGCCACGAUACAUGGCAUUCAGUGGGAGCUUUCACACGUAGCUGCAGCAACGCCACUUUUUAGCGCGAAUGUAGCGCCGCUAGUGCCCGACUCAUUUUGUAACAUCGCUGUUGAGAAGCACUGUUAAUAUUGAGUCGGGCGUUAGCAAGGCCACCGACGCGCGUUAGCAGGGCCACCGACGACGU